GGCCAGAGAAGGUACGUUAAUAACUAGCCCAUUAAGUUACUUAACUCGCUGCGAACCAACGGCUAAAUGUCAUCAUUUAAUGUUGUCAGGCGAAGCUAAAGUCAUCUUCAGCUGACGGCUGCAGUGUUCACCGUUGGUACCUCUGUUGUUUGCUGUUUUCAUUGUCAGGCCGCAGGAGCUGGAGUCACCAGUCAGCUGUUACUGUGGUCCGUCACUUAGAGAUCCCUGUUUAUUGCUGACAACUGACAGAAAUGUCAGAGACGUCAAGUGAUGCAGAGUCGUCCUGUGGCUGGACCAUUAUUAGUAAUGAGGGUUCAGAUAUUGAGACACUCGGAUCAGAGGUGGUGGUGGAAUAUGGAGCCGAGCUGCUAGAGUGCCCUCCAGUGGAGGAAAGAAAGCUGCAGGACACGCAGGCCUCUGCAUCUGCUGAUGAGCCUAUUGAAGAGAAGGUUUCUGAUUCACUUGAUGACACUGUGGCUGAAAAAACCAUAGAUGAGACACUGUAUGCCUCAAAGGUCGGAGACAACACCCCAAGGAAACUGCAUGUGACUCUGCUGUCCUCCAGCGAACACUCGGACAUUGUGACUCUAGGAGACUCGAAGGAGGAUGAGCACGUUGAGGUGGACGAAGAGGCAGCAGCCAAUGAGGAGUUCUACCUCGGCACCUCCUGCAGCAGCCAGUAUGCCUUCACUACUGCAGAGGCAGCAGGUUUGAUGUUGAGUCACUGGAAACUACCACAGAGUCUUGUGAACUUAGGCUACCAUCUGAGAAGUCAGCUCACUGGAGGCCGCUCUUUUCCAGUUUUCCCAGUGCAGCAGCCUGCAGUGACAAACUCCAGCAGCAGUGAGGAUGAGGCAGGACAAGGCAGCAGCACUGUUGUCCGAAGACGGAGGUUGAGGAAGAGUACCACGAGCAUUUUGACAGAUCCUGAGGAGGAGGCACUGGAGUCUGGCCAGAGUGAGGAGGAGAUGGAGGAGGAGGAGGAGGAGGAGGAAGAUGAGGGGCAGCAGGAGGAGCAGACAGAAGUUAGACCUGCUGCUGCUCUGGAUGUCCGAAUGCAAGGCCACGGCAGCAGCAUCCUCAACAGGUGUAUCCUGAUCGCCCUCGUUGUAGCCAUCAGCAUGGGCUUUGGACACUUCUAUGGCACAGUCCAGAUUCAAGAAAGACAGAAAACAGUGGAGAAAAUCAGAGUGAAUGGACUUGAUAGUGUGAGAGAUCUGCUUUACAGGCAUGAGAGAGACCAACCUUUUACAAACCAGGUUGAGAUGAGUGACUUGGACGAGUUGGAUGAGCAAAAAGUUAUUUCACUACUGACAGAGGUGGUUGAGAAGGUAAAGAAGGAGAACCAGGAGCUCAAUGUCAAACAGGUGCACAUUCAGGCCCAGAGAGAUCACCUGGAAAUGUUGCUGAAACAGAAGGCUGAGGAGAGGACGAAUAUUGAGUUACAGCAGCAGGUGAUGACAGCUGAGAACCAACUGCUGAAAAGCUCCCUGGAACGUGAAGAAAAGUCCCUGUCCACCUUAAAGGAGGAGCUGAGAAACCUGCGCUCUAAGAUUAGAGAACGGGAGGCGAUGGGAGCCGGUGCCGAUUCGCUGCUGUCGGAAAACCAGAGGCUGAAAGACCAGCUGGAGGAAGAGAAACGGCUGAUCCGAAGCUUCUACGUCCAGAGGGAAGACAUGAUGGCAGAAGCACAGACACUGAGGAAGAAGCUUGACAAAGAGAGAAAGGUUACAGAUGAGCUGAGGAGAGAGUUAAACCUGCUGAGGCGUCGCGUCCCUGGAGUUGGAAAGGAAGCCGGUUCAGAGGCAGAAGAGCUACAGACCCGUCUGAUGGAGGUGGAGAAGAGACUGAACUUUGAGCAGCAGCGCUCUGACCUGUGGGAGAGGCUGUAUGUGGAAACCAAAGAAGAAAGAGCCAAAGGAGACACAGAGCCAAACGUCAAAAAACCAAAAGAGGGCAUGACAGGCAAAAUGAAAGAGACACUUGAUGCUGUGAAGAACUCCACCAAGGAGUUUGUCCAUCACCACAAAGAGCAGAUCAAGAAAGCAAAGGAAGCCGUGAAGGAGAACCUGAGGAAGUUUUCAGAUUCUGUCAAAUUAACUUUCAGAAACUUCAAGGACUCAGCCUCAACAUUCAUCAACAAAGCCAGAGGUUUUUAUGGUAAGAGGAGUGAUGAGAAGAACACAAAAGAGUCGUGGCAGCACAGAUUCCACAGGCCUCAUCAUGGACACUCGCACAAAUUUGACGACUCCUUCAAAAGCAACUGCAACACUCGAAAAUCAGGAGGUAAAGUUCAUGAAGAUCAAAGUCAAAACACCCACAAGUCCAGCUUGAAAGGAUGCGCCGGAGUUUUUGACUGCGCCUAUCAGGAGUCCAUGAGUCUCUUCAACAGAGCUAUGGAGCCGAUCAGAGCAGAUGAAUUUCACCAGCUGCUGCAGAGCUACCUGCAGCAGGAAGUCGACCACUUCCACCACUGGAAAGACCUCGAGAUGUUCAUCAACAACUUCUUCCACAACGGAGUGUUCAUCCACGACCGGAUGCUGUUCACAGACUUUGUCAGCGGCGUGGAGGACUAUCUGACCGACAUGCACGAGUAUCACGGACUUGAUGACGAUGUGUUUGGAGAUCUUGAUGACUACGUCUACCGGCACUUUUUUGGAGAGGCUUACACAAAAAGCUAUGGCCCAAACAGGCCGUUUGAAAGACCCAACACAGACUCCAAGGACUCGAGGGCAAAGCAUCAACAACGAAAGCAGCAGAGAGCCAGAUCUCGACCACACUGUGAACGCAAGUGGAGCCGAGCAGGAAGAAACGCAGACAGGCACAUGGCUGAUGUGAAAAUAGAACUGGGUCCUAUGCCGUUUGAUCCCAAAUACUGAUAAUAUCGCAGCUGGUUUAAUAUUAUAGUUGCAAAUUCUAUUUUGGGUUGUAUUUAGAUGCAAAAUCUCUUUGUUUUUGUAAGUUUGCACAAUGUUAACUUUGUAAUGCUACUGAACGUCCUUGAUCUGUUUUGUGUUUGUUGAAGUAGUGGCUAUUAGGUUUGAGUGAAAGAUGUGGCAUUUUUACAUCAUCCCUACAUUUGUAACAUGAGAAGUUCAUUUAUCAGUUUACACGUGUGUAAAUGAAACAGUUAUAUUUUGGCCUGCAAGUUAUGAACCUGAUGAAGGUUUCCUGCUGAAACACCACUGAUACUCAUCCAUUGAGUAUCAGUUUUGUUGUUUCAAAAUACGCAUAAAAAUAUUGUGAAGAAAAUUUUUAUUGGGAGCCGAACUAUAAAAAAGGACAUGCUACAUUUUGGAUGUUGCCAUGUACAGUCAUGUAGUUGUUUUAAUUUGCUGCUACAGGUUCUGUGUGACAGGGUUGUAAUUUGCUUUCAGAUUUAAAAUGCAGCUUUCUAACAUUCCACGUUGAGCUUUUUUUAACCGGAACUGGCAGUUUUAUUUACUGUGCAUGUCUUGGAAAGGACUGGAAAAAUAAUGUCACUCUAAAUUUAGUUGUGAAUAAUAAAAAAGAACACAUUUGACACAUGUAACAAGUGAUAUUUAAAAAAAAUUAAAUGAGUUUAAAAUGUUUAUUUGAGCACUAAAUCCACAGGUGACCUUGUCAUUGAGGAAAGAAAAUUGCCAUUGUUCCAAUGUUUGUCAGUGCCUUUAAUAAAUAAAGAUGCUUCCUCUGA